AUGGUCAAAGGAUCCCUGUUGACACUAUCUGGGCUGCUUAAUUUUAUUGGUGGGCUUUGGUCAAGUUGCGGUGAUGAGAAGAUAAUCAUAUUUACAACCAAUCACAAAGACAGACUAGACCCAGCAUUGCUGAGACCUGGUCGCAUGGACAUGCACAUCCAUAUGUCUUAUUGCACUCCUUAUGGGUUUAAGAUACUUGCUUCUAACUACCUUGGCAUAAACAAUCACUCCAUGUUUGCUGAAAUAGAGAAGCUUGUGACAGAGGUGGAGGUAACCCCAGCAGAUAUUGCAGAAGAACUCAUGAAAAGCGAUGAAGCAAACAUAGCUCCUGGAGGACUCAUCAAGUUCUUACACAAGAAGAAAACAGAACAUGCUAAAGCCAAUGCUGAAGAAGAAAAAGAAGUCAGUGAACAAGCAAUAGAAAGCCCAGGAAACAAAGGAGCUGAAAAUAAAGUGAGGAAAAAUAAUGGGAAGAAGCAGAAGAUGAGGGAAUUCAGGAAAAUGCGAGCAUUGUAUUUGCCUAUGCAAGCCAAAUAAUGUUUUAUGUAAUAAUUGCAGGCUCUAAUAAUUAGUAUAAUCCUAAUUAAUGAAGUAAAUGAUUUCAUAGUAGCAGAAGUAAAACCAAGCAAGAUCUACAGAGUUGAUUUUCAUGCGAACGCAGCUUAUUUGUUUCCUGUUUUGGUGCCUAAAAUGAACAAUACGGACCAAACAAAUUUGAUGCUCAUAUAAUUGUCUCCUAAUUUCCUUAAACUCCAAACCAAUAUCAAGGACUCACAGAUGUCAACCAUAACUUCUUGAAAUUCCUAUUGUCAAUGAAACCCCACAGCAAUCAGCAACCGCGAGUACUCACAAAAAUCAUGUGAGAUAAUGAAAGUACCCCCACCAUAUUUCUCUCGGCUAGACAUUCUGUCAGACACCUAAACUGCAAAACCAAAAAUUACUCCUUCAGACUCGAGAAUUGUAUAGAGACGAUAAUAAUAAGGUAAAGCGCCAUAUUCCUCUCAGGUAGACAUUCUAUCAAACACCAAAUCCAAACUGUAAGUAUACAAAAAGCCAUGGCGUAAUUAAGUACCCGCCAUAUUUCACUCAGCUAGGCAUCCUGUCAUCAAACACUCCAACUACAGAACCAAGAUAACACCUCGACAAUUGAGCACAUACACCGAGACAAUAGCAAAACCUAAAUAAGAGCAUUUUCCUUUUGGACAUUUCGUCGAACACCUGAACCGCAUAAUUCUAGACUCGAGAAUUGGUCAGGGGCCGCGCGAACGCAGGCCCCCACUAGCACAAAUUAUGACGUAGGCUCCACCAACUUGGGUAGACCUUAGGCGGGCACCCCUCCUCAAGUGCAAUGGAGGUCACCAACCUAGGCCAUGGGCCUUGUUGAUCGCCCAUUAACCCCGUCCAGGUAAGUAUGUUCGA